GUUGCCCUGAACUCAUGACAGCCACGCGGACCGCGGUUGCGGCAUCCUGGGCCCUGUACGGGUCUUACAUGCGGACACGGAGGCCCGGAGCGAGCAUCUCAGCCGGCGGCCACAACCCCCAGCGCCAGUGCAGGGCCCCCGGCUGAGCCCCAGGCGGUCUGAUGGACCCCGCGGUGGUGAGCAGACACAGGCUCUCGCCGCAGGAUGGCAGCAGAUGGCACAAGUGCCAGACACCUUCACCCACGUGGUUCCUGUGCCUCCGUGGACGGCUGCUUGAGCCCUGGCACUUGCUAAUGUGCAUUCUUUUUAAGUUUCAGGAGGAAGAUCCAGAGUUGGGAUGUCUUGGAGACCGCUGAGUGUCGGCACUGAGUGGGCAUGGGAUCACAGAGCUCCCGAAUGAAAACAUCCAGACGGCUAGAUCCGGAUCAGUGGAACCCACCAUUGCAGGGUCAGAUGACAUUUGAGGAUGUGGCAGUACACUUCUCCCAGGAUGAAUGGAAGCUCUUUAAUGUGGCCCAAAAGCACCUGUACUGUGAUGUGAUGAUGGAGAACUUUGAGCUCAUUAAUUCACUGGGUUGUCUGUGUGGAGAAGAAGAUGGCGAGGACCCUCCAGAACAGGUGAAGAGCUGCUGGGCCCACCCAUCAGAACAGCCCUUGGUAUAUGGGGAGUGUGGUAAGGACUUCCUAGCCAGCUGGGGCUUUGUCCAGCAACGGGCUGCUCACAGAGCAGAGAAGCUACAGAGGAGUACCCUGGGGACCUUCUCUUCUAGCUCCAACCUUUUGUGGCACCCAGGGAAUCUCAUCAGCCAGAAGUCUAACUGCGUCAACUGUGGGAACUCCUUUUUGAAGAGUCCGCUCUUCUCAAACACCUGAAGCUGUACAAUGGAGAGAAACACUAUAGGUGCUUAACAGGUGGAAAUGCCUUUAAGGAGAAGUCAGGUCUUACUACUCAGAAAAGAAUUCCCACUGGAGAAACAUCCCAUGUGUGUAAGGAGUGUGGGAAGGCCUUCAGUGUUCCAUCUAAACUGAGCACACAUCAGAAUAUUCACACUGAAACAAAACAUUACAAGUGCGGCAAAUGUGGGAAGCAUUCAAACACAAAUCCACAGUUACUCAGCACCAAAGAAUUCAUACAGGGGAAAGGCUGGAUAAGUGCAGCAAAUGUGGGAAAGCCUUCAGCCUCGCAUCUACCCUCAUUCGGCACUGGAAAGUUCACACUUGGGAAAAGCUCUAUAAAUGCACUGAAUGUGGGAAAUUCUUUAGCCAAAACUCUAACCUCAUUUGACACCAGAGAUCUCACACUGGAGCAAGGCCCUGUGAGUGCAUUGAAUAUGGGAAAACCUACAGCAGGAUCUCCUGUCUCAGUCAGCACCAGAAAAUUCCUGUGGGAGAAGGAACAUGAGAGUGCCCUCACUGAGAAAGCCUUCCUCAAGAUAUCCACACUUAGCCAGGUGCUGGUGACUCAAGCCUGUAAUCCUAGCUGCUUAGGAGCCAGAGAUCAGGAGGAUCUCCGUU